CCACGGAGAGUCGGGCUCACGCCAUUUUGUGCCCCCCCACCCCCACCCCUGCCCCGGCGGAGCCACCUUCUCCCUUUCUACACUCUAAGCCCUCCACCCCGCCCCUUUCCAAGCGUGUCCCGGGCCGCCGCAGCAGAAACCGCACCAUCUCUCCCCACAUUCUCCACGCGGGACGCGCAGCCGUGCCUACAAGUGUUCUUAAAGCAGAGAUGAAUAAUACUGCAGCCAGCCCCAUGUCUACUGCUACUUCAAGUAGUGGAAGAAGUACAGGGAAGUCUGUAAGCUUUGCAGCAGAGUUACAGAGUAUGAUGUUUUCUUUAGGUGAUGCUAGGAGGCCUCUUCAUGAAACGGCACUUUUGGUAGAAGAUGUGGUACACACACAGUUAAUUAAUCUGUUACAGCAAGCUGCUGAAGUUUCUCAGCUCCGGGGAGCAAGGGUAAUCUCUGCCGAAGACCUUCUGUUUUUGAUGCGCAAAGAUAAGAAAAAGCUUAGAAGACUGCUAAAGUACAUGUUUUUCCGAGACUACAAAUCCAAGAUUGUCAAGGGUAUAGAUGAGGAUGACCUUCUGGAAGACAAACUGAGUGGCAGCAAUAAUGCGAACAAAAGACAGAAGAUCGCCCAAGACUUUCUCAACUCUAUUGACCAAACAGGAGAACUCCUGGCAAUGUUUGAAGAUGAUGAGAUCGAUGAAGUUAAGCAAGAAAGAAUGGAGAGAGCAGAAAGACAGACUCGAAUUAUGGAUUCAGCCCAAUAUGCAGAAUUCUGUGAAAGUCGACAAUUAAGUUUCUCCAAAAAGGCCUCCAAAUUUCGAGACUGGCUGGACUGCAGCAGUAUGGAGAUAAAACCCAAUGUUGUCGCAAUGGAAAUUUUAGCAUAUUUAGCGUAUGAAACUGUGGCACAGUUAGUGGACCUGGCUCUUCUUGUGAGGCAGGACAUGGUAACCAAGGCAGGAGACCCCUUCAGCCAUGCCAUUUCGGCAACGUUCAUUCAGUAUCACAACUCUGCUGAGGGGUCUUGCAUGAAGUCCUACCCAGAGUCUCCUGAGAACACACCUCCUCCCACACCGACUGCCCCCUCGUCUGGAUCACAGCACUCAGGGAAAACCACAUCGGGAUCCCUCGGGAACGGGAGUGCUGGGCAAGACUCAACUAAAACCAAGCAAAGGAAAAGAAAAAAGAGCACCGCGGCCUGUGGUGUUGAGGCUCACAGCGAUGCCAUCCAGCCCUGCCACAUCAGAGAGGCCAUUCGACGCUAUGGCCACAAGAUUGGCCCCCUUUCCCCAUUCACAAGUGCCUACCGCAGGAAUGGGAUGGCUUUUCUGGCCUGCUGAUGGGACUGUGACUCUAACAACAGGAAAGGCAAUGUUAUAUUAAGACUCACCUAAGAUCUGAACAAGACACCAUUUGAUGUGACAUUCCAUCUUCCCGCCCAAGAAUGUGGCCUGGAGAAGAGCCCCUCAGGGCUGGCCGCCAUAUUGCUCUUCUCGGUGACCAGUUGCAUGUGCCAUUUCCAUUCACUGAGAUAUCGAGCUGACCCUUGAUUAGUUCCAACCAAUUAAUUUUUGGCUAAGCUCUGUAUCUACUAGCUACUGUCACAUAACAAACACUCCCAAACUCAGCUUAACCCAGUAAAGCACUUAUUGUUGAUGAGUC